AUGAUUUCUACAGUUUAUUUGGGGUCUACCAUCAUCACUAGGGUUACCCCCAACUCAUCAUUGAGGAAAAUUAAGGAUCAAAUCCACAAUGAAGCGGGGAUUCCUCCGGAAGACUACUAUGUUCUGGUGAAUGGACGGCGCGUUGGGGAAGAGGAUGUAAUCCCGAGGGGAUGUGGACAAAUGAACAUGGUCCUGCGGCAAUUGGGUGGGAAGGGAGGCUUUGGUUCCAUGCUGCGAGCCAUUGGGGCUCAAAUUGAGAAGACAACAAACAGGGAGGCUUGCCGGGAUCUCAGUGGUCGCCGUCUGAGGGACAUCAAUGAAGAGAAGAGGCUCAAAGCAUGGCUGGAGAAGCAGAAAGAUGUGGAGAAUGAGAAGCAAGAGAAGAAGAAGCAGAAGCUAGAGAGACUUCUGCAGGAGCCUAAAUUUGAAUUCAACGACAAGGAAUACGAAAAAGCCAGGAGCGAGAUGACAGAAAAGAUCGAUGAUGCAGUAGAGCAGGGCUUCAAGAAGGCUGUGGAACUUGCGGGAAGCUCAGGAGCUCCCAAGAGAAAAGCCACAGAGGCAGGAGAUGCAAAAGCCAAGAAAAAGAAGAAGACAACUCUCUGGAUUUCAGACGAUCUCAGUUCAGGAACGGAUUCCGAUACAGAUUCUGAGGAUGAUUCCAAAGCUGAAUCUUCUAGUUCAAAAGAGGAUUCAAAGCCACAGACAGAGGCAAACGACAAGGAAGGAAAAAUAUCCGAGGAGAGCAAUCAGAGUUCUUCUUCUGUGAUUGAUAAAUAAUCUGGAGAAAAUAAUUUCGCCAGUUCCCGGACAGAGGGAAUAUUUAUGAGGAUUUGUGUGCGUAUCAUGGUGACAUGCAAAAGUGUUGAUGUCACAUUCAAAUGUUAUCUCUAUGUUAGUGAUAAGUGUAUGCAGGGGAAGAAUUAAUAAAAACAAUUGCCGACGGAAAUUUAAAUAUUUAAUCAUCUGCGUCUCCAGAUCAUUCACAGAGUUUUAGUGCACUUGCUGAGGCUGGUAAUUUGGG